CUGUUUUUUUCUUCUCUGUUUCAACUUUGAAGACUUUAAUCAGGAAAGGAAGAUGAGUGCAUAUGAUUCUUUACCUUCCUAAGCUUUAAACUAAAAGAAUCCAAUUAGACAUGUAUAUACAGAGUUCAUCAUUCUUUGCAUAAUUUGAAAACAACAUCUCUUCAAAUAAAAACUGAAUUUAUUUGUACCACAUUAAUAAAUAUUAAUAUUGUAGGGCAUGAUCCAAUAUUCCUUGUGUCAUGCUCUUUUCCUUCUAUUGACGUGGUGAUUCCCAUGAUAUACUCAUUAUUUACAACACCACUACCACCACCUCCUAAUAUAAUUCCUUUCCAAUGUCUUCAACCAUAAGCCAAAUCAAAACCAUAUAUAAACACAUAACACUAAUUACCCUUUAAUAAACCACACUCACAACAAACACAUAAAAGAAAAAACAGAACAAUGAAAUACAGUGAAAUAACACAUUUUAGCCACCCACAACACAAACUAAGAUUUGAAUACAACGAAUUCCCAUUCAAAUGUGACGGAUGCAAAGAAAUAGGAAUAGGGUCACGUUACAAAUGCUGCAUUUGUGACUACGACCUUCACAUGCAGUGUGCAAUAAUCAAUUCCAAUACUCUGUUCCAUCCAUUCUACACAAAAUGCAGCUUCCAAUUCAUGUCAAUCCCACCAGGAAACAUAGCGCGUUACUGCAACGCGUGUGAAAAGGACGUGAAGGGGUUCGUGUACCACUGCAAGUCUUGCGGGUUCGAUCUCCACCCCUGUUGCGCGAAACUGCCAGCAGUUAUGGAGGAGGGGGAAGUGAAACUUUAUCUUUGUAGUAAAGUGAGUUCGGCGUGUCAUGGUUGUGGAAGAAAAGGAGGGAGUUGGAGUUACAGGUCGAAAUGUAAGAGUUAUAAUAUGCAUGUGGCGUGUGUGAGGGAAAUGUUGGUGGAGAAUUGGCAUUGUUUGUAUAUGGAAAAUAGGAAAGUUGAAAGAGAUAUUCGUUGUGUAGAGAAUACAUUGUAUGCUGCACAUAACAGUAGAAGAAGAGGGAGUAAAGGGAAGGUCAAAAAGUGCUGUCAGAUUGCUGGAUUUGCUGUGCAGUUUGUCAUCUCCGCGGUCUUGGGCGAUCCAACGGCUCUUAUUGCAGGUGUUGUUGGGGCACUCAUGUCCCGUGCUUGACGUGGAUCAGCUAUAGAGUCCGAUAUAUCCAGAGAGAAUAUUUAUCUUUGUGGAUAUAAUGGUUUUAUAGCUGAUGCACCGAUGAACUUGUGUAGAAAAUUUAAGUAUGAA